CUAUUGGACAUGAUAAUAUGAAUAAUCAUCCAUCCUCACCAACUUCAGUGGCUACAUUUGCAUGAGAUUAAGAUUUCUCUAAGCAAGUAGAAAGUAGAAACCCUCUCCUUGUGCUUAUUAUAAUUAAUUAAUUUGCUCAACAAACCUAAAGAGAGAGAGAAUUGAAGAAGUUUCAUGGCUGUUCCAAUAGACCACCCUCGUGCAGCAUUUAUUUUUGGGAUACUAGGCAACGUGAUUUCCUUCUUCGCGUUUUUAUCACCCUUGAAAACAUUUAAGCGAAUAUGGAAAAGGAAAUCGACGGAAGGCUUCCAAUCAUUGCCUUACGUUGUUGCAUUAUUCAGCUGCAUUGUAUGGUUAUACUAUGCCACACUCAAAACCAACGUUUUUCUUCUCGUUACCAUUAACUCAUUUGGAUGUGCCAUAGAGAUUAUUUAUAUUUUAAUCUACAUGAUCUAUGCAGACAAGCGUGCCAGGUAUUUUUGCAUAGCACAAUUUGUGGCUAUGAAUGUGAUGUGCUUGCCUACGAUCAUUCUGGGGACGUAUUUUAAGCUACAUGGUUUGGUUCGCGUCAAAGUUGUUGGACUCAUAUGUGUAAUAAUUUCAACGUGUGUCUUUGUAGCACCCCUAAGCAUUUUGGUAAAGGUUAUACGUACAAAGAGCGUAGAGUUUAUGCCCAUCCUUUUGUCAAGCAUUCUCACAGUUAGUGCCAUAAUGUGGUUUUGUUACGGUAUUUUUCUCAAGGACAUAUGGAUUACCAUACCAAACGUGGUGGGUUUUACGUUGGGGUUAAUACAGAUGGUGGUAUAUUUAAUUUAUAGGGGACGUGGGGAACGUUAAUGUCUUUCUAUAGCCCCUUGGCACCAACUAAUGAACUACUAUUUAGUAUUUACAUUUAGAUUCCGGUUUGCUUUGUAAUAAGUGCCAAACAUUAGAACAGAAAGGGUUUACAACCUAUUUAUGCUAACUAUUACACAUUAUUCAAAGAUUUGUCUAUACAA